GAGACUCCGAGUCUCUUUGAAUUAAAUGAAGCGGUGGUGUCAACAACAUCCAACAGCCCACAGCGCUGGUCGUCGCAACUAGCCAAACUAGCAAUUUUCAGUUUCAAUUUUUGCUUAUUUAAAAGUACACACAAAUCAUCUAUAUGAUUUCUGCUGAACGAAAAAAUAUCAAUUUCCAAAAAACAGCAGUUAAUUAAAAACUAACCUACGCGAAUAGCAAGCAAAUAAACGAGAAUUUUGCGAAAUUUUUGAAAAUUUCAAAAUCGUUUUUUUACGAAAAAAAAAAAAAAAAAUAAAUAAGCAAACAGUGACUGCGUUAGUGCUAAAGCUUUUUGGGCAGUUAAAUAAUUUUUGAAAAAUUACUGCAAAAGAAUUUUUGUGCGAAACAAAAAUUUCCGCAAAGAAAAUCGCAAAAGUGUUGUGUCAAAUCAAGUGCUGACCAGUGUGCUCGAACAACUGCCGAAGGACUAUUACCUAAAAGCAGCAAACACUGGAAAUGGAUUAAUUUUAAAACUAAGUGAGAAGUUCAACAUCAUUUUAUAAGUAAAUGUAAAAUAAAUAUUUGGAACUUUUUUUUUACGAAAAACCGUAUUUUUAGACAAUCCUUGCGGUUUUUUAACCCAAGUGUAAUAUAUCAUAGUGUUAUCUGCCUGAAAAGUGUUGAAAAUAAUUUGUGUUGGAAAAGCUACAAAAUAAACUAAAAACUUUUUAACUGAAGUCGUGUGUUAUUUUUUAUGAAAAAGCACACAGGCGCCUUGAGUACGAGCAAAUUCAAAUCAGCAAGUGAAAAAGGAUAUUGCAAGAUGACCAGAAAAGGUUCGAGUCCACUGGGGCUCGACAUGUUGGCUGUCUCAGUGGCAGUGGCAUUCAUAUUAUUGCCAUUGUUAGCACAAGCCGCUCCCCUACAAGAUGCAACUGAAAUCCAACAAUACACAGAAGGCUGUUACUACAAUUACAAUCACUACAAUGAAGGCGAUAGAAUAUUGACGAAUGAACCCUGCCUGAAUUGUACCUGCCACAAUAAGAUGCUCAUGUGUUAUCUGCGUGUCUGCCCGUUCACGAAACCAAUCGGUCACGAUUGUAUUGUGGAGAAGCGUGAGGAUCAGUGCUGUCCGAUUAUCACAUGUCCCGAGGUACCAGUUGAUAUUGCGCAUCAUGCACCCGAACCAGGCACUGAACUUAGCAUUCCCGAGAAAUAUGGCUGCAGCAUCGAUAGCAAAUUCUACCCAGAGGGCGCACAAGUACCAUCGAAUCCGAAUAAGCCCUGCGAGCUGUGUUAUUGCAUCAAGAAUCGCACUUCGUGUCUAAUGCAAGAAUGUACUUUACAUAUUGACGGUUGCACGCCCAUCUACAAUAAGGGUUCAUGCUGUCCCGUGCGUUACAAUUGCGAUCACGAGAAUGACAUUUUGGAAUUGGAGGAUCACUCGUCGACCACAUCCACCACCACCACGGAACGUCCAACGCCUGGUUUCAUACUCACCACCACCAUGUCGCCUUCGGUCACCACCGAUUGUGUACACAAUGGCGAAGUUUAUGCCGAUGGCGCGUCCAUCACUGGCAAGAGCGCUUGCGAACAUUGCUACUGUAUGCGCGGAGAUAUCGUUUGUGCUGUACAAGAAUGUGAAAUGCCAAUGUUGGCUAGCAAUGGCAAGAGUUGCCGUGCAUUACCACCAGCCGAAGGUGAGUGCUGUCCCAGCAAUUAUGUCUGCGAAGAUGACUCAGCCACAACGGAAGCCUAUGAGAUCACAACGCUGCCUUACGCUAAGGACGAGGAAGCAGUUACUACCAUUGCCGACAAGGAUCUACAUGGCGCUAUUCCAGCGGAGGAUAUCGAAUUGCAACAACACAUUGAUGAAGAUGAAGAAGAAAAGGUGUCGACGGAUAAACCCGAAAUUGAAGCCGAACAACCAGUGGAAGGAAAACCUGCCGAUCAAGUUACUACUUCAACUCCUGAUGUGGCAGCAAUUGGUGCCACCGAAACAGCGGUAACCGAAGCAUCCGAAGAAGCACAAAAGGAAGAAGCUAUUGAAGGUAUUGAGGGUGUUACCACCGUCAAGUCGGAAGUUUCAACUGAAGCUACCGUGGAAGAACAGAAGACAGAAGAGGAAUCGACAAGUACUGAGGCUGCUGAACACGAAUACGGCACAACAGCUGGACCUGAUGGCACUAAACGCAUUGGCAUUGAUAUUGACGAGCAUGCCGAUGCUACCGCUGAGCCAGGCGCCGAAGAAGAGUUGACUACAGUGCCAAGUAUACACGAUGAACAUAAGCCAACAGUUGCAUUCGAUGAAAGGAUUGAUAUUGGAACAGGCGAUGAGGCAGCAACAACUGUUCAACCAGCAAUUGCUGAAAUACCAACAACUGUGUCUACACCAACGAAAUCUGAUGAAGAAUCCAGUGAAGCUGCAAGCGCUGAGACUGUCGAAAGUGAGGAAUCAACAGAAACAUCUGAAGAAGCUACUGCUGCACAUGAGAAACCAACCACAUUGCGGCCCACGGCUGAGAAGGAAAGUGAUGAAGAAUCUGCAGAAGUUGUUGAACUCGAAGCAACCACUAAACAACCGCAACCUGCCGUCGAGAAAGAAAGCUCCGAAGAAUCUACAGAAGCUGUCGAACAAGAAGCAACCACUAAACAACCGCAACCCGCCGUCGAGAAAGAAAGUGCUGAAGAAUCUACAGAAGCUGUGGAACACGAAGCAACCACUAAACAACCACAAUCUGCCGUUGAGAAGGAAAGUGCUGAAGAAUCUACAGAAGCUGUGGAAGAAGAGGCAACUACUAGACAACCCAUCGUUGUGGUAUCUGAAGAAGAGCAAGCACAACCCACCAGUACCGAAGUUAGUAAGGAAAGCGGCGAUGAAUCCACCGAGUCGGCUGAAGCUGAGGUAUCAACACAACAUUCCGCUGAAGUCGCUAGUUCAGAAGAGGAAGCACCCGAUAUGCAAUUGCCAGCUGUUAUACCAGGUGAAGGUGACUGUUUGGUCGGCCACAGGACAUACGAAAAUAAUACAAUCAUACCAACCGCCGACGACUGUGAUAUCUCUUGUAAAUGUAUUAGCAGCAUUGUUGUCUGCCAGAAGGUUGAGUGCGAUAUCCCAGCAGAUAUUAGCAAGUGUGUCAUCGAUCAAGCCCGCUCUACUAAAUGUUGUCCCGCAUACACCUGUGAACCACAAGAAACAACAGCAACUACCGCGCCCAUUGUAUCAGACGAAGAACAACCAACAGUUGCUCCCAUCUCAGAUAUUGACAUACCUGUUGCUCCUACUGAACAGCCAAUGUCUCAUGUCAAGGAAGAAGAAGAGCCAGAGGUUGUAGAAAGUACAGCCGCACCAGAAAUUGAACAAUCCGCAUCGAUUACCGAAAGUGGUGGAGAAAUUGAAAAGGCAACCACUGCAGCUACUCUUCACGACACAGCGGAAGACGUUAGCGAGGCAGCACCUAUUGUACCUGCUGGUGAAACUGAAGCAGAGAAGACUACAGCCGCUCCAAUUGCGGAUAUUGAACACGUUGAAACUGCUACAGGUGUUCCAUCUGAAGAAAUUGAAAAGCCUACUGCUGCCCCAGCUGCUGAGGAAAGCGAUAAGGUUACUGCUGUGCCUGAACAGGAAGGAGGUGUUCCAUCUGUUGAAGAAUCAUCUGAAAUUUCUGAAAUUGAAAAGGCUACAGCUGCCCCAGCUGCUGAGGAAGGUGAUAAGGUUACUGCUGUGCCUGAACAGGAAGGAGGUGUUCCAUCGGUUGAACAAACUUCUGAAAUUACUGAACUUGAAAAGACUACAGCUGCUCCUACUGCUGAGGAAGUUGAAAAGGUUACUGCUCUUCCUGAACAGGAAGGAGGAGUGCCAUCUGUUGAAGAAUCAUCUGAAAUUUCUGAAAUUGAAAAGGCUACAGCUGCCCCAGCUGCUGAGGAAAGUGAUAAGGUUACUGCUGUGCCUGAACAGGAAGGAGGUGUUCCAUCGGUUGAAGAAUCAUCUGAAAUUACUGAACUUGAAAAGACUACAGCUGCUCCUACUGCUGAGGAAGUUGAAAAGGUUACUGCUCUUCCUGAACAGGAAGGAGGAGUGCCAUCUGUUGAAGAAUCAUCUGAAAUUCCUGAAGUUACUGAAAUUGAAAAGGCAACAGCUGUACCUGCUGUAUCUGAAGAAGAACCAAUUUCGGAAGACGAAAAGGCGACAGAAUCACCGGUAUCUGAGGAAGUUGAGAAGUCAACAACACGACCUGCAUUCGAUGAAGGUGAAAAGGUGGAAGUUUCUGAACAGGAAGAAGGAACUACCGUUGCUGCAAUUGAAAAGGUUACACCAACAUCUAGUUUGGAAACGGAAAGUGAAGAAGAAGAAGAAACAGUUACGGAUGGUGGUAUUGCAAAGGUUACUGUCAGCCCCGUCGUUGAGGAAGUUGAAAGAUCUACAGUCUCUCCUGUUGCUGAAGCGCCAGAAAAGGUCACUAUUGCACCUAUUGCCGGAGAAAGUGAGGAAGUCACUACAGUACCAGAAGUCGAAGAUAUUGAGAAGGUUACUUCUGCUUCGGUUGAUGAAAGCCCCGAAAUCACAGCUGCACAUGCUGCUGAGGAACAAGGAAAACCAACUACAGCUCCAGCAGUUGAAGAUAUAUCAGAAGAUACUACUCCAUCUUCCGCUGAGGAAGGACCAAGCGUUACUGCUACUCCAACUGCGACCGAAGAAAAAGAAGCCGCAUCGGAAUCUGAACAUAUUGACGAGGGUACUCCUGCUCCUGGUGUUGAAGGCAUUGAAAAGAUUACUACUGCCCCUAUUUCUGAAGAUGAAGAAAAGGAAACUGAACAUAUUACCGUUGCUCCAGCAAGCGAGGAAAUUGAGAAGACAACUAGUGCUCCAGCUUCUGAAGAGCCUGAGAAAGCUAUUAGUGGAGAAUCUGAAGAACCCGCUGUUACUACCGUCGAUGAAGAAGGCGAGAAGGUUACUAUUGCUCCUGGCGUUGAAGAAUUUGAAAAGGUUACUGCUGCGCCUAGUAUCGAUGAAGAAGGGCAUUAUACACCAGCCUCUGAAGAACCUGAAAAGGCAAUUGGGGAAGAAGUUACUCCUGUUGCCGAAGAGGGCGAGAAGGCCACUCCUGCUCCUGGCGUUGAAGGCAUUGAAAAUAUUACUGUUGCUCCUAUUUCUGGCGAUGAAGAUAAGGAAACUGAACAUGUUACCGUUGCACCAGCAAGCGAUGAAAUUGAGAAGACAACUAGUGUUCCUGCCGCUGAAGAACCCGAGGCCAUUAGUGAAGAAGUUGAGGAGUCUUCUGCUACACCUGUUGACGAAGAGGGCGAGAAGGUCACUUCUGCUCCUGCUGUAGAAGAUAUUGAAAAGAUUACUGCAGCGCCUAUACCAAGCGAAGAAGAGAAGGAAACUGAACAUAUUACCAUUGCUCCAGCAAGCUAUGAUAUUAAGAAGACAACUAGUGCUCCUGCUGCAGAAGAACCCGAGAAGGUUAUUAGUGAAGAAGAAGAGGAAGCUACUACUGGCCCAGUUGACGAAGAUGUCGAAAAGGUCACUCCCACUUUUGUUGAUCAAGAGAUUGAAAAGGUUACUUCAGCUCCUGGUGUCGAAGAUGAAAAGAAGGAGGAGAUUGAAAAGACAACUAGUGCCCCUAUUGCAGAGGAAGGCGAAAGAACUACGACUACUCCUACUAUUGAAGAUGUGGAGAAGAUCAUCUCUGAAACUAGUACUGGUGUCCCUGCUGUUCCUACCUCCGAAGAAGAAAAGGAAGAAUCUUCUGCUCCUGCUGCUGAUGAAAUAGAAAAGACAACAUCUGCUCCUCUGGGCGAAGGCUUAGAAAAGGUUACAGCUGAACCUAGUGCCGAUGAAGGUGAGAAUAUUGGCGCUACUCCAACUGCCGAAGAUAUUGAGAAAACAACUGUUGCUCCUAUUGCGGAAGAAGCCGAGAAAGCUACCGCUGCUCCAGUUGCCGAAGAUGAAGCUGAAAAGGUUCCCAAAGCACCUGUUGCAGAGAGCGAAGCCACUUCUGCUCCUGACACCGAAAGUGUUGAGGAAGGCGAGAAGGCCACUGCUGCCCCUGAAGCCGAAGUUUCUCACGAAGCUACUGCAGCUCCUGAAACCGAAACUGUUGACAAAGUUACUGGAGCUCCUGAAGAAGCUGAAGGAAGUGGAGAGGUUACAACUGAAGGUGAAAGCAUUGAGGAAGGCGAGAAGGUCACUGCUGCUCCUGAAAUUCCAGUUUCUCACGAUGCUACUGUUGCUCCUGAAACCGAAACUGUUGAAAAAGUUACUACAGCUCCCGAAGAAGCUGAAGGAAGUGGAGAGGUUACAACUGAAGGUGAAAGCAUUGAGGAAGGCGAGAAGGUCACUGCUGCUCCUGAAAUCCCAGUUUCUCACGAUGCUACUGUGGCUCCUGCCACCGAAACUGUUGACAAAGUUACUGCAGCUCCUGAAGAAACUGAAGGAAGUGGAGAGGUUACUUCUGAAGGUGAAAGCAUUGAGGAAGGCGAGAAAGUCACUGCUGCUCCUGAAAUCCCAGUUUCUCACGAUGCUACUGUUGCUCCUGAAACCGAAACUGUUGACAAAGUUACUGCAGCUCCUGAAGAAACUGAAGGAAGUGGAGAGGUUACUUCUGAAGGUGAAAGCAUUGAGGAAGGCGAGAAAGUCACUGCUGCUCCUGAAAUCCCAGUUUCUCACGAUGCUACUGUUGCUCCUGAAACCGAAACUGUUGACAAAGUUACUGCAGCUCCUGAAGAAGCUGAAGGAAGUGGAGAGGUUACAACUGAAGGUGAAAGCGUUGAGGAAGGCGAGAAAGCCACUGCUGCUCCUGAAAUUCCAGUUUCUCACGAUGUUACUGUGGCUCCUCAAACUGAAGCGGGUGGCAAAGAUACUGCAGCUCCUGAAGAAGCUGAAGGAAGUGGAGAGGUUACUUCUGAGGGUGAAAGCGUUGAGGAAGGCGAGAAAGUCACUGCUGCUCCAGAAAUCCCAGUUUCUCACGAUGCUACUGUGGCUCCUCACACUGAAGCUGGCGACAAAGCUACUGCAGCUCCUGAAGAAGCUGAAGGAAGUGGAGAAGUUACAACUGAAAGUGAAAGCAUUGAGGAAGGCGAGAAGGUCACUGCUGCUCCUGAAAUCGAAGUUUCUCACGACGCUACUGUGGCUCCUCAAACUGAAGAAGCUGAGGGAGCUCAAGAAGCUGAAAUCACUACUGGUACUGGUAUCGAAGAGACUGAGAAAUCGACUGCUGCUCCUGGACACGAAGAGAGUGAAGUUCUUGAAAUCGAGGAAGCAGAGAGAACUACUGCUUCUCCUGAAAUUGAAGGUGUUGAUAGAGUCACAGCUACUCCUGCAAUCAAAGAAACUGAAAAGGUUACCGUUGCUGAAGGAAUUGAAAAGGUCACUGCCACUCCUGAAGUCGAAGACAUUGAAAAAGCUACUAUCGCGCCUGAAAGCGAAGAAGCUGAUAAGAUCUCUGUUACACCUAGCAGCGAGGUAUCUGAAAAGGCAACAGUUGCUCCUGGUGUCGGAGAAGAUGAAUUUGUGGAAGGUAUUACUCCUGCUCCUGCCCUUGAUAUCGAAGGAAUUGAAAAGGUUACUGCCGCACCGAUUGCAGAAGAAGCCGAGAAGGAAGACUUUGAAAGAACUACCAUUACGCCCGCUGUUGAACCAGCAAUUAAAGUUACUGAGCCAACUGUUGAACAGCCUGAAGGAGUUACUUCUGCUCCUGAAGUUCAAAGUGUUGACCAAAUUUCACAAGAUGAACAAGUCACGUCCGUUCCCGCGGUCGAUGAAGAAUUCGAGAAGGCUACUGCUGCUCCUGGUGUGGACGCUGGAAUCGGUUUCGAUGACACCAAGAAAGAAACAGAUGGUUCUGAAAUUCAUAGAGCAGAUCAAUACACUACUGUUGCUCCAACUCAAGAAGAAGGCGAAAGUGUUACUAGCGCUCCUCGCUUGGAUUUGGACGUCGAAGAAGGUGCCGAGCAACCUAUUGUACCAGCUGUACCAGAUACAAAUGUUACUCCAGCCCCAGCUGUAGUAGCUGAUUUGGAAUCAGUAGAAGAGAGCGAUACAUCAGUAGAAUCAGAAGAAGAGAGCACAACUGAGCACAAGGUACAACAUAUUGGAGAGUUCGUUACGGAGCAUAUCUUGCAUAGCACUACUGAAAGUGCACUUAAACCUAUUGAACCAUCUAAGGACGAGUUGGAAGCUUCUGGUGAAGAAGGAGAAGAUAUUGAAGAUAUAACCAUUGAACCCGCUUUGAAACCACAAUUCGUUGGCGCAGACAUGGUUGCAGUCACAGACAAGUCUACAGAGGAAAGCACAACGAAACCUGACCUCACAGAGGAAACUCAACCUUCGACUGAUGAGGAGAAACAAUCUUCUACAACUAAACCUGAACAAGAAGCUCAAGAAGUAGAACAACCUGCGACAGCUAAGCCUGAAGUCGAGUCAGAGAUCUCUGCAACAGCUGCACCUGAAAUUGAAUCUGAAGAAGAAAAACAACCUGCCACAGUGGUUCCUGUAGUUGAAUCUGUAGAAGAGGAACAACCAGCGACCGCUAAGCCUGAGGUUGAAUCUAACAUUCCCGCAACAGCUGCUCCUGCCACUGAAUCCGAAGAAGAAAUACAAUAUGCUACAGUGGCUCCUGGAGUUGAGUCUGUAGAAGAGGAACAACCAGCGACAGCUAAGCCCGCAGUAGAAUCUGGAAACGCUGCAACAGCUGCUCCUGAAGCCGGAUCUGAUGAAGACAAACAACCUGCUACAUUGACUCCUGGAGUUGAAUCUGUAGAAGACGAACAACCCGCAACAGCUAAGCCUGCAGCAGAAUCUGAGAUCGCCGCAACAGCUGCUCCUGAAGCCGAAUCUGAUGAACAAAAACAAUCUACAACAGCUAAACCUGAAAUCGAAGCCGAAGAAGAGGAACAACCAGCGACAGCCAAACCUCAGGUCGAAUCUGAUGAGGAAGAGAACCUAGCAACAGCUGCUCCUGCCACAGGAUCUGAAAAAGAAACACAACCUGCUACAGCUAAACCUGAAAUCGAAGAAGAGGAACAACCAGCAACCGCUAAGCCUUCAGUCGAGUCUGAGCUCUCUGCAACAGCUGCUCCUGAAAUUGAAUCUGAAGAAGAAAAACAACCUGCGACUGUGGCUCCUGGAGCUGAAUCCGUAGAAGAGGAACAACCAGCGACCGCUAAGCCUGCAGUUGAAUCCGAGAUUCCCGCAACAGCUGUCCCGGAAGUCGAAUCCGAAGAAGAACAACAACCUGGUACAGUGGCUCCUGGAGUUGAAUCUGUAGAAGAGGAACAACCAGCGACAACUAAACCUCAAGUCGAAUUUGAUGAAGAAGAGAUCUCAGCAACAGCCGCUCCUGCCACUGAAUCUGAAGAGGAAAAACAACCUGCAGCAGCUAAACCUGAAAUUGUAUAUGAAGAAGAGGAACAACCAGCUACAGCUAAACCUCAGGUCGAAUCCGAUGAAGAAAAGAUCACGGUAACAGCUGCUCCAGCCACAGAAUCUGAAGAAGAAAAACAACCUGCUACAGCUGAACCUGAAAUUGAAUCUGAAGAAGAAAAACAACCUGCGACAGUGGCUCCUGGAGCUGAAUCUGAAGAAGAGGAACAACCAGCGACCGCUAAGCCUGCAGUUGAAUCUGAGAUUCCCGCAACAGCUGUUCCGGAAGUCGAAUCCGAAGAAGACAAACAACCUGCUACAGUGGCUCCUGGAGUUGAAUCUGUAGAAGAGGAACAACCAGCGACAGCUAAACCACAGGUCGAAUCUGAUGAGGAAGAGAUCUCAGCAACAGCCGCUCCUGCCACUGAAUCUGAGGAGGAAAAACAACCUGCAACAGCUAAACCUGAAAUCGUAGCCGAAGAAGAGCAACAACCAGCUACAGCUAAACCUCAGGGCGAAUCUGAUGAGGAAGAAAUCUCAGCAACAGCCGCUACUGCCACAGAAUCUGAAGAAGAAAAACAACCUGCUACAGCUAAACCUGAAAUUGAAUCUGAAGAAGAGGAACAACAAGCUACAGCUAAACCUCAGGGCGAAACUGAUGAGGAAGAGAUCUCAGCAACAGCCGCUCCUGCCACAGAAUCCGAGGAAGAAAAACAACCUGUUGCAGCUAAACCUGAAAUUGAAUCUGAAGAAGAACCUGCGACAGUGGCUCCUGGAGCUGAAUCUGAAGAAGAGGAACAACCAGCGACCGCUAAGCCUGCAGUUGAAUCUGAGAUUCCCGCAACAGCUGUUCCGGAAGUCGAAUCCGAAGAAGACAAACAACCUGCUACAGUGGCUCCUGGAGUUGAAUCUGUAGAAGAGGAACAACCAGCGACAGCUAAACCACAGGUCGAAUCUGAUGAGGAAGAGAUCUCAGCAACAGCCGCUCCUGCCACUGAAUCUGAAGAGGAAAAACAACCUGCAACAGUUAAACCUGAAAUUGUAUCUGAAGAAGAGGAACAACCAGCUACAGCUAAACCUCAAGUCGAAUCUGAUGAAGAAAAGACUACGGUAACAGCUGCUCCUGCCGCCGAAUCUGAAGAAGAUAAACAAACGGCAACAGCCAAACCUCAGGUCGAAUCUGAUGAGGAAGAGUUCCCAGCAACGGCCGUUCCUGCCACCGAAUCUGAGGAAGAUCAAGAACCUGCUACAGUAAAACCAGAAAUCGAAUCCGAAGAAGAGAAACAACCAGCGACAGCUAAACCUCAAGUCGAAUCUGAUGAAGAACAGCUAACAGCAACUGCCGCUCCUGAAACUGAACCCGCAGUUGAAAAACAACCUGGCACGACCGUUCCUGAGAUCGAAUCCGAAGAGGAUGGACAAGCAGCUACAGUUAAACCUAUUGAGUCUGAAGAAGAAAAGAUUUCUGCAACAGCCGGUCCUGAAUCAGCUACAACCAAACCAGAAAGCGAACUUGAAGAGGACAAAGAAACUGUAUCUGCCACACUUGCGCCUGGAGCUGAAACCGAAGCAGAGAAGCAACCAACAACCGCUGUUGCCGAAGAACAACCAACAGCAACCGCACAGCCUGCAUACGAAACAGGAGGCGAGAAGCAACCAGCACAUGCAGAAGAGGUACCCACGAGCUCAACGGAGAAGGUCGAGACUUCUGAAGAAGAAGCUGAACUUAGCACGGAAGAGAAACAAGGCAUCACAACCGCGCAUCCACUAUUCCCACACAUUGUUACCACACUGCCAACACCAGCUAUCGACAGUCGCCUUGACGCCGCUGCCAAUACCACCGCGCAACCCGAAAUACUCACUGAAACCACAACACCAACAAAUCUCGUUGCCAGCGAUGUGCUCAUCACCACACAACCCACAAUCACACACUAUCCACCACCGGCGCCCGUCUACGGCCAAUAUCCAUCGUACAACGAUGAAUAUCCCGAUGAAGACGAAUCGGCGGUCUUCGGUCCCGGCACCUGUCGCUAUGGCGGUAAAUUGUACGUGUCCGCACAGCAAAUACCACGCGACGAUCCCUGCGAUUUCUGCUUCUGCUUCAGAAGCGACAUUAUCUGCUUGCAACAAUCUUGUCCGCCACCAAUUGCCGGCUGUCACGAGGAACCGAUCUCUGGUUUCUGUUGUCCACGUUACGAAUGUCCCGUAUCGAUGGCAGCCGUACUGAAUAUCACCACCAGUACGACAACGACCAGCACAACACUACCGCCACACUUCCUGCAUCACUCGUACGGCAGUGCGGUGCAACGCAACGGCUGUCUAAUCAACGGCCGUUCGUACAAGGUGGGCGAGAAGAUCGAAUCGACGAGCGGUCCCUGCAUCAAUUGCACUUGCGGCGGCGAUGGUAAGAUGAAAUGUGAUCCUCAGGCGUGCGUGCCCGAGCCAACGAUGCAGCAAGUGAUGGCUGUUGUGGCGACCGGCCGCAAGAGAUGAAAUAAUCGCUAGGCGCAUACAUAAAACGCUUACGCAUACAACACAGCAGAGAAGGAACACACGCACACAAACAGAAACAGAACUCAAAACAGAAACAGAAACAGAAAAACACACAAACACAAAGAAAGACUAGUGAACUUUAAUGAAUCUGCAAUCCCGGUGCCAAAACCACAAUGAAACAUUAUGGAAUUAUGGAGUAUACGUGAUGAAAAUGUUGUAGAGACGAAGGAAAAACUAUGCAGAAACAAAAAAAAAACAAACAAAAACGAACGUUUUCGAAGCGAAAAACGAUUUGGGCACGCAUACCUGCAUACAUAUCUGCGUAUGUGUUGUAUAUGUAGCUCUUUUAUUAUUUUUUAUUUUUAUUUUUUGCUUUGAAACACAUAAGAACCCUUAUUAUUAUUAUUACAUUUAGUAGGUAUAUACUAUAUUUAUAUAUAUAAAAAAUUAUUAUUUUUUUGUUUUUAAAAUUUUUGAUUUUUUUUCGAACUAGCAUACGAGCAAACAACCAGUGAUAUUGUGCUGUAUACCUAGUAUAGGUGCAAUUAACAAUUUUUGUAAUUAAGGACGCACUUACUUAAGCGAAAUUAUUCGUUUGUAAUUUGUAAUUGUAAAAAAAACAAAAAACAACAACAAACAAAGCAAGCAAACGAACCUAACGUAAUUUAUAUAAUAAUAAUAAAAAAAAAAAAAUUUAAAUAAAUUUUAGUAAUGUUUGUAACGUAGUUUUUUGUGCGUGCGCAUGCGCAGCGGCACGACGCAUAUGUGAAGAAAAAACAACAACAGUUAGACAUAUAAAAUAAAAAUUAAAAAGCAAUUCAAGAGACUCUCAUAAAAAAAACAUAUAUGCACCAACGCUUAUGCGUCGUGUGGCAUGCAAAUUGUGGCUGCCACAAAGAAUAACGUUAUGAACUGUAAAAAAACUUUGCCAUUAACUAUAUUUGUAUUCGAUAUAUAUACAUAUAUAUAUAUAUAUAUUUAAACACUAUGCUAGGCACGCACUAGCGCCUAAUUAUAGACUAUUUUUUACUAUUUUUUAUAUGCGACACUUGCAACGACCUUUUUUUGGUAAAAAUUUUUAAUUUUUUUUUAAUGUUGCUACUAGUCUUCUUAUAUUGUACGAGCAACAGCGAAGAAAAACGAAAUAAUUAUUUUUUUAAUUAAAAAUGUUUUUUUUUUUAAUUUUUUAUUGUUUUUCGAAUUUUAAAAAAUUUUAGUUUUCAAAAUUAAAAAAAUUUGAUUUUCAAAAUUUAGUUUUGGAAUUUUAAAAAAGUUUUCGAAUUUUUAAAAAUUUAGUUUUGAAAAUUUAAAAAAUUUUAGUUUUUGAAUUUUAAAAAAUUUUAGUUUUCAAAAUUAAAAAAAAUUUUAGUUUUCAAAAUUAAAAAAAAUUUAGUUUUCGAAAUUUUAAAAGUUUUAUUUUUCAAAUUUUACAAAAUUUUAAUUUUUAAAUUUUAUAAAAAAUAUUAUUUUUUAGCCUCAAAAAUCAGACUACACGCGCUUUCAAUAUUUCCUUAAUGCGUUGCUAAAGCGUAAUUUCAAAAACUAGUUUUUCCUUAACGCAUAAAAUUGCCGAGUCAUUUGAUUUUAUGCGCUUCUAGCUUGCUAACUACCCUUGACACAUGCGCACAAAUACUUUUAAGCAUAUUAAAAAUAAUAACUGUAUAUUGUAAUAAGCAUGCGGCUAGCUCACCAACAUUAAAGGCGUGGCAGUCGGAGCUAAGCGUGCAGGAGUAAAAGUUUAAGCGCGUAGGAAGCAGGAGAAACGUUUUGUAAAGUUAAAAAGCAACAUAUGAAUAAUCUAGUUUAGUCUAUACAAAAAAAAUAAUAAAUAUAAAUAAAAAUAUGAAUAAAAACAUAAAAUAUAAAAUAUAUAACACUAAUGCUCGACUGAUUGAAAAUUUUUUAAACUUAAUGUUAAACGCAUAGACUUUAAUAGAGAAAACAACAAUAAAUAUUAAUAAUAAACGCGUACGUAUGUAAGCUUAUAUGUAACUAUGUAAUUAAACACUACACACACACAUACACACACACACAGACACAAGAAACACAAUAGUAAUGCAAUUCUCUACACUAAAUGCAACGAAACCGCAAUUAAAGUAAAUAAGUAACACUAUAUAUGUGUAGUUAUGUAUAACGCACAACAACUAUAAAUAAUUAAUAUUAUACAGUGAGAAAGCACUUAGUUUUAGUGAAAAAUAGUAACUUUUUAACGCAAUUUUCAGUCACUUGAGCUUUAGCAGUGAAGUUUCCACGCGCCGCCUACCUACAUAUGUAUGUAUGUAUGUAGAACGCCGGAUAUAUUCACUUUUUUAUUCACAUAGGUUAAAGCAGCAAAAAAAUGUAUUAAAAAUAUAUAUAGUAUAUUAAUAAAAAAAAAAACAAUUAUGCAAUUAAAGUAAAAAAAGAAAGUAAAAAAAACAGCGAAUAGUUUAUAGAAAUAAAACUGCUUAGUUAUAUCUACAAUUAAAACGCAUAAAACGUAGUAUAUGCAGCAUAAAGAAAAAAAAACAAAAAUAACAAUAACUGAACUUACUACAAACAGUUAAAUAUUAUGCAACACUUGCGUGAAUAAUAAAUUAAUAACACACAACAAUAGAACACAAAUAUUAAAUAAUUGAAAAACAAACACUUAGAUUUUAUAUAAAAAGUAAAAAACUAAAGUAUAAGUAAUUCAAUAUGCAAUAUCACACACACACAUUUGUAUAAGAAAUUUGUUUUUUUAACUAUUUUCUUUUACAAUUCUUCUAAUUUUUCCAUUUUUUAUUUGCCAAUAUGUAAAUGUAGCAUAAUCUGUACAAUUCGCACUUGUCAGACAAGAAUUGGGCUUAAAUCAAUAUUAAUAUUAUAAAUAAACUAUAAAUGAAA